UUGCGGCUGGAUUUAGAACUUUGAUUUCUUAGAUUGAUAGACAAAUAAGUAAUCGCCAUGGAUCACGCAGCGCAAGCUUCCCAAACGGAUUUGAUGACCAUCACUCGUUUUGUUCUCAACGAACAGUCCAAGCACCCAGAGUCGCGUGGUGAUUUCACUAUCUUGCUCAGUCACAUUGUUCUCGGUUGCAAGUUUGUCUGCUCCGCCGUCAACAAGGCCGGUCUUGCCAAACUUAUCGGACUUGCGGGAGAGACCAACGUUCAGGGUGAAGAGCAAAAGAAACUGGAUGUGCUCUCAAAUGAAGUUUUCAUCAAGGCUUUAACAAGCAGUGGCCGUACUUGUAUACUUGUUUCUGAAGAGGAUGAGGAGGCAAUAUUUGUGGCACCAUCAAUGCAUGGAAGGUAUAUCGUUGUUUUUGAUCCGCUGGAUGGAUCCUCUAACAUCGACUGUGGUGUUUCCAUUGGAACUAUAUUUGGGAUUUAUAUGAUUAAAGAUAAAGUUCAACCAACUCUAGAGGAUGUGUUGCAAUCUGGGAAUAAUAUGAUAGCAGCCGGCUACUGCAUGUAUGGAAGCUCAUGCAUGCUUGUGCUGAGUACUGGUAGUGGCGUCAAUGGUUUCACACUUGAUCCCUCUCUUGGGGAGUUUAUAUUAACCCAUGCAGACAUCAAGAUCCCAAAGAAAGGAAAAAUCUAUUCAGUGAAUGAAGGAAAUGCCAAGAACUGGGAUGGACCAACUGCAAAGUAUGUGGAAAAAUGCAAGUUCCCUAAAGAUGGUUCAUCACCAAAAUCCCUUAGAUAUGUUGGCAGCAUGGUAGCUGAUGUCCACCGCACAUUGCUUUAUGGAGGUAUUUUUUUGUACCCUGCUGAUAAGAAGAGCCCAAAUGGAAAACUACGUGUCCUCUAUGAAGUCUUUCCGAUGUCUUUCUUGAUGGAAAAGGCAGGUGGUCAAGCUUUUACUGGCAAACAACGGGCACUUGACCUGAUCCCACAGAAGAUCCAUGAGAGAUCCCCCAUAUUCCUUGGGAGCUAUGAUGAUGUUGAGGAAGUCAAAGCGCUUUAUGCUGCUGAAGAGCAGAAAGCAUAAUUCUGCAAACCCAUUCCCUCUUAGUAGUGAAAUAAGUUGUUUGUUUAUUUUGAGGGCUCUUCAUAUGUGCAUUCUAUAGCCAUAUCUUCGUAGGCUAGGAUCUCUGUACUGAUCACUGCAUCACAACUUACUAAAGGAUCAGGGUACAGGUUUCA